AUGCUGAAACCAGUGGUGAAACCUGCAGAGGUGGCACAUCUGGCGCCCCACUCCCCAUCGGAACCAGAAGUGACCCCUCUUCAUGACUCUUCAAGUCUGGGCCAGAUCUCGGUCAGGCUACUUUCACCGCUGUACUACCUGGUCAUGAGGCGCCCCCUUUGGUUGACCCGGACCACCCAACAUUGCGUCGCACCACCCGCCAUGACGUUACUUGUGGUUGGUGCUAAAUUACGCACAGCGGAGGUUGAGAGCGCGCCUCCGUUCGGGGUCUGGGGGACCGGUGCUUUCUCUGAUUGCGGGACCGAGCUGCACCUCCCGCGGCAGUUUGGAGACUGCCAAUCAUCACAAGUACACAAAUUCUGA